AUGGCUCUGAGUGUUGUGUGGUUUAUUUCUGCCGCUUUUACCUUUGUCCAUUUAACACCUUUAAUUUCACUCAAAGAAAAACAUGCUUUCAAAGAGUGGAUGUUACAGCACAACAAAGUUUAUGACACUAAGGAAUUUUACCAUCGACUCCAUGUAUUCACUCAAAAUAAGCGGACAGUUGAUCACCAUAAUGCUGGGAAUCACUCAUUCACAAUGGGCCUGAACCAAUUCUCAGACAUGACGUUUGAGGAAUUCAAGAAAUUUUACCUUUUGACCCAACCUCAGAUCUGCUCAGUCACUAAAGGUAAUCAUGUCAGCAGGACAGGUCCUUACCCUGAGUUUGUAGACUGGAGGACGAAGGGCAACUUUGUGACUCCUGUGAAGAACCAGGGGUUUUGUGGCAGCUGUUGGACCUUUUCCACCACUGGCUGUCUGGAGUCAGUGAAUGCUAUUGCUACUGGGAAACUAAUAUCAUUGUCUGAGCAGCAGCUACUAGACUGUUCCAGAAACUUCAGGAAUUAUGGCUGCUUCGGUGGGCUCCCCAGCCAGGCAUUUGAGUACAUCAAAUACAGCAAAGGUCUCAUGACAGAGGACGACUAUCCCUACAAAGGCUAUGAACACACCUGCCAUUUUGAGCCUUCACUUGCAGGUGCUUUUGUCCGAGAUGUUGUCAAUAUAACGAGGGAUGAUGAAAAGGCCAUGGUUGAUGCAGUGGCCUGGCUCAAUCCCAUCACCUUCUCCUUUGAUGCCACAGCUGAUUUUAAGCACUACAAAGAUGGCGUUUACUCCAGCACCCAGUGUAAGAACACAGCAGACAAAGUGAAUCAUGCAGUCCUGGCGGUGGGCUAUGGCGUUGAGAAGAACGGCGUGCCAUAUUGGAUUGUGAAGAACUCUUGGGGCACAGCCUGGGGAAAGGAUGGAUAUUUUUUGAUUGAGCGUGGAAAAAACAUGUGUGGACUGGCCACAUGCUCUUCUUACCCUCUACCUAAAGUAUGA